AUGGUUUCCACGUUGAAAGGCCCACCAUCAUUUGGACAGUUCUGUCCGUCUUUAUCCCAACUGCGAAUAUCGAUUGGCUACGUACUACUUCUUAUUCGAUGGAUGACGUUGGAUGUUAGGAUGUUCGUGGGAUAUUCCUCUUUCUACUGCGCUCUGUUGUUGUUAUUCAUACAAUGUUGCAAGAAAAAGGUGUCUACGCAAACAACUACACCCCCUAUUCUACAAGAGAAAGUUGGGCAGAAAGAACCAGCUACAAAAGAAGUGAGGCAGACUUCGAAAGAAACAGCAGCAGCAACUCCGCCGACAAAACACCAAAAAGCUUCUGACAUGCAGCAUAAGUCACGAAGUCAUACCGACAGUCGAGCCUCUAGUUUACAUGACGACAAGAUGCCACGUGCACAAUCGCGACAACGUCUCAGCUCACUGCGUAUGCGCAUCGCAGAACAGAGAAGUCACAACGAACAGAAAGAAUUGAGUCGAAAUACGAAGCAUAAAUCCAAGCGACGCGCUACCGAAACAGAAAUGAACACAGCAGUAGAAGAUUUUUCAAAAUUCAUGAACAAACUGCAAAGAACGCAGGACGAAGAUGAGUCCUGGUAUGAUGUCAAUGCUGAAAUGGAUCAACAUCGCGCACGAGUUCGUCGAAUGAUCGAAAAUGAUGCUACCUUGAACGACGCGCCGUCACUUAAGAGGAUAGACACGUCGAAGACAGAAGCUUCAGUUUAUGGCUAUCCAAACGUUAAGCAAACAGAAUCCGCUGAGUCUAUACUUGGACCAGAAGUGGAAGUAGCCGACCAACAGGACUUCGAUCAAGAUACAUGCGAACUUGUGAGAAGAGCAGAAUCAAUGAAGCCGGCGAGUGAUCUCAAGAAAAUGGUAGCAGUGGAGAAAGACAUCAGGGAGAAAGAUACCGAGAAAGGGUCUUCAAAGAGAAAUGCAAAGACGGCGAGAGCAAUUACACCACCAAGCAAGAAAAGAGAUAGGCAUGACGAAGGCGUAGUGACCGCCAUUCUGAGCUUGGAUGCGCUACCACGUACUCCAUCGAGUGAAUCGCCAGUGCAAGGGUCAUAUGAACGCUUUGUACCUGAGAUGGAUGUGAAAGAGGAACCAACUAUGAAAAGUGUUGCUGAACCUCGCCUCAAACGACCCUCGAAGCCAAAGAAAGCGUAAUACACAGUGGACAAACCUCUUCAAAAGAUCUAGAUAAGCAUACUCUAAUAACGUAUAACGAUCAAAAAAUCUCAAUUUUGAUUAGUUGAAAUACUCGUCAUGUUUUCGUUGUAAUGUUAAGCAGUAAAUCAUUAAGUUUACUCGGUCACAACUCAAUG